CACAUACACCUCAUUGCUGCGAGCAGGCUCACCUGCGAACUGGACCGCAAAGAGCAGGACGUGAGCAGCUCUCUGGAUCCACCAUCCAUCCAAUCAGGGGAGAGAGAGAGAAAAAAAGAGAGGGAGAGAGAGAGAGAGCUAUAGAGAAAGAGGGAAAAGAGAGAGAGGCUUGGCACCAUCCACUCAGUGUGACAUUGUGAUUUCUCCUGCUGGUGGAGGAUUUCACAGGAAGCUGGAAGAAGAACAAACAGGACAUUCCAAUUGUUUUCUCCCCCCCACACACACCUUCUCAGUCCUGUCAAGCCUCCUGUACACCCCCUUCUCAAGGAUUUGUUUCGUCUUAUCCACCCUGUACCUUCUUCCUUGAUUGGCAGCCGUUACCCUGGACUCAAGCAGCGGUGGCUGCUCGGCGCGCCUUGGCUGAGAUUUGCACCCAACAUGAGCGCACUGAGAGCCGGUGGCGGCGGGGUUGAGUCUCCGUCGUCGGGGAGGGUGAGGUCGAGAAGAGGGUCGUCCGGACCGUGGCGGACUUACUGCUGGUGGAGCUGCUGGGUGGUGAUGGUGGGGAUGUCGACGGGCUCCGGGGACCCGUGGUUGUCCGCCGAGGCAUGCCCGUCCUCAUGCACCUGCAGCAGCACCAGGAUCUCCUGCGUGGACCCGGAGAGGGGCAUCAACGCUUUCCCCAUCCUGCAGAGCGAGGCGGAGAUGGAGAACAUCACCGACAUCUACAUCGCCAACCAGAGCAGCUUCUCCUCCAUCAAUGACAAAGACCUGCACUACUACAAGAACCUCAGAAACCUAACGGUGUCCAACAGCAGGCUGAUGUACGUUUCCAAGCUGGCCUUUCAAAACAACAUCAAACUGCAGUAUCUGAAUCUGAAAGAUAACAACCUGUCGUCGCUCUCCUGGACGAUAUUCAGACACCUCAACAUCUCUUACCUGAUUCUGACAGGAAACCCUCUGCACUGCUCCUGUGAGAACAUGUGGAUCAAGCUGUGGCUGGGAGAAGAAGCAGACACUCAGGAGCUGCGCUGCAUUGAGGACGGAGGAGCACGCAACCUGCUGUCUCGACUGAGACUCUCCAACUGUGAGCUUCCCAUGGCGACGCUGAGCCCGCCCAGAGUGACCGUCAUGGAAGGAUCCAACGUGCAGCUAUCCUGUGUGACCUCAGGGGUGCCCUCACCGGACCUCAUCUGGAACAUGGCACUGGUUACCACCUACGAGAUCGCAACGUCGGGUCAGAUUUCUGUGCUGCGACUGUCCAACUUGUCGUCGUUGGACCACAACAGCAAGAUCAGCUGCACCGCAGAGAACAUUGUUGGCGAGAAGGAGUCCUCCACAGUGUUAGACAUUCUAUUUCCUCCAAAUAUCACCAAACUGAGUGACGCCAUCUCAGACCACCACUGGUGCAUCCCCUUUAGUGUCGCAGGCAACCCGGAACCUGAGAUCCAGUGGUUUCUGAAUGACAAAGCAGUGACGGAGGGCAACUUCAUCAAGACCCUAAUCCACGACGUCACCGAGCGAGAGUACCACGGCUGUCUGCAGCUGGACAGCCCCACGCACCUCAACAACGGCUUCUACACGCUUGUGGCCAAAAACAAAUACGGAAUAGACCAGAAGCGCGUAGAAGCUCACUUCAUGCGCAGGCCCUGGGACGGUGAGGAGUCACACUUUACAGGAACAGAGAAAGAAUUAUACUACUACGACUCCCCCAUAGAUGGCCCGACUGCAGACCCACCAGAGGACAGAGUCGCUGUGUACGUGGUGGUGGGCAUCGCCGCCGUCGCCUUCUUCGGCCUCCUGCUCAUGUUGGCGAUCAUCAAGUUUGCAGGGAACUCCAAGUUCGGCAUCAAAGGACCGUCCUCAGUCAUCAGUAACGAUGAUGACUCGGCCUCCCCUCUUCAUCACGUCUCCAACGGCAGCAACACGCCUUCCUCUUCCGACAUGGGCCCCGACGCUGUCAUCAUCGGCAUGACCAAGAUCCCCGUCAUUGAAAACCCGCAGUACUUCAGGAGCUCCAACAGCCUGCUCAAGACGGACACGUUUGUCCAGCACAUCAAAAGACACAACAUUGUGCUCAAGAGGGAGCUGGGAGAAGGAGCCUUCGGCAAAGUCUUCCUCGCCGAGUGCUACAACCUGUCACCUGACCAGGAGAAGAUACUGGUGGCCGUCAAGACGCUGAAAGAGGCUAGCGAAAAUGCUCGGAAGGAUUUCCACCGCGAGGCCGAGCUGCUGACGAACCUUCAGCACGAGCACAUUGUCACCUUCUACGGCGUUUGCGUGGAGAGCGACCCGCUCAUCAUGGUGUUUGAGUACAUGAAACACGGAGACCUCAACAAGUUCCUCAGGGCUCAUGGUCCGGAUGCAGUUCUCAUGGCAGAAGGCCAGACCACCAGACCAGUGGAGCUGACUCAGUCGCAGAUGCUGCACAUUGCCCAGCAGAUCGCGUCGGGAAUGGUCUACUUGGCAUCACAGCACUUUGUGCACCGCGACCUGGCCACCAGAAACUGCCUGGUGGGUGAGAACUUGCUGGUGAAGAUCGGAGACUUUGGCAUGUCCAGAGACGUCUACAGCACUGACUACUACAGGGUAUGUGUGGGAGGCCACACAAUGCUGCCAAUCCGCUGGAUGCCCCCCGAGAGCAUCAUGUACAGAAAGUUCACCACGGAGAGUGAUGUGUGGAGUCUGGGAGUGGUCCUGUGGGAGAUCUUCACCUAUGGCAAACAGCCCUGGUACCAGCUCUCCAAUAAUGAGGUGAUAGAGUGUAUCACCCAGGGCAGGGUGCUGCAGCGCCCGAGGACCUGCCCCAAAGAGGUGUACGACCUGAUGCUGGGCUGCUGGCAGAGGGAGCCCCACAUGAGACUCAACAUUAAGGAAAUCCACGGCCUGCUUCUCAACCUGGCCAAAGCCUCGCCCGUUUACCUGGAUAUACUGGGAUGAACACGGAUGACAGAGUGUGUGUGUGUGUGUGUAUAUGUGCGUGCGCGCGCUUGUGUGUAUGUGUGUGUGUGUGUGUGUGUGUGUGUGUGUGUGUGUGUGUGUGUGUGUGUGUGUGUAAAGUGUCGCUGUACAGGAAACAAACUUUUAAAGGCAAUCAAAAAAAAAAAAUCCCUUCCCUCCCGAUCUCCUUUCCAUUUGACCUCCUCAUAUCCUCCCCGAAGAGACGCUACUUAUGAGGGAAACACGCCUUUCAAGCAAGCCAGGCUGGACUUCAUGACAGAACUUCAUGUUCCGUGACUCAGCACUCCCUCGCAGAAGGAAAAAAAAAAAAAAAGUGACUCAUUUCAACAACCAGAAUUGGCAACGCGGGGAACGCUUCUUGGAGCGACAAGAUUUUUCUUGUAAAUAUGAGACUGUGUGAAGGUGUUUGUAUGUUGGUUUUUUUGCCAGGAUUUGGCUAUGUGUGGUGUUGAGCCCUAAUGACACUGUUAACCAUCCCCCUACCCCCUUAAAUGAACAUACCCCCCCUUACAUACAUUCACCAUCACGCAUGUGUCACAUUAUCAUGCUGAAAGAAAUGGGGAAAAUUGAGAAUUUCUUACUAUUUCUUCAAGAUACUGAAGAAAGGAUGUAGUCCUAUUCUGAAUGUGUAUUCCAACAAGUAAUUAUAAUCCCAAAAUUGUCCUAACCAUUCAACAUGAACUUACGAUAAGAGGAAAGACAGGAAAAUUAACCUGAAGCUCAGCGAUAACCCUUUUGCCCCAGCUCAGGGGUGUCCAAAGUCUGACCCGAAGGCCCGGAGUUUAUUUUUUAUUGGCCCACGGCACAUUGUAAAAAUAAAAUGAAACCAAAAAAAACAAGCAAAAAUGGAUAAAACACAGCAAAAAGUAAAGAGAAGCAGCUGAGAUGUUGAUACAGACAACGAAUAAUGAAACAAAGCUUAGUUGUUAAAUACAUUCAAAUGUAUUUUUAGCCUUUUUGUAAAACUAAAAAAAACAUAAAAAAUAUCAAAGUGGCCCCCCGCAUCUUUCGAUUUUCAGUAUGUGGUCUUCGGGAGAAAAAGUUUGGACCCCCAUGCUCCAGCUGAUCAAUUAGCAUGUGAAAAAUAGUCUAGCGGGGGCAGCUAAAAACACUCCUCCUUUGUCAGAGUUAAGGGUACACAGACUGAUUAAUGCGCUAUCUUUCCCGGCCUCGGGAACCUUGCUCCAUUUACAUCGCACCAGUCUGUGUUGUAGCGGUAAACAAUAACUGACUUCUCUAUUUUGUACUGCAAACUUUGGUUUGCACCACUGAUUUUUAAACUUUCUGUUUUUAUGGCAGCCCGUUUAGGCAGCGAACUAAUCCGGCAUGAAUAGACUUAACCCUUUCCUCUACAGUCGCCCCUCGCUACAUGGCAAUUUGAACAUCGUGCCCUCACUCGAUUGCGUUUUUUCAAAAAUUAAUUGAUGAAUUAAUAAUCACUGAUUCAUAGUUGACUGCGGCCUAUUAUUAUUCCAACAAUAUUGAGAGGCAAGUUAUAUGUGCUAUUCUGGUUACUAGGCAUCAGUUACAUGUUACAUUGAUGAGAUAUUACAUUACUUUGCCUUAACACUGCAUGGUGUCAGCCAUGGCAUGUUCGACGCGAGAGAGUGAAAAAAGUUCUCCUCCCAUUCCGUGUGGAAGUGGUAAGUUUUUGACUUGCUACUUUGUCCUUUUUUCCCCACUGCGUUUGAAACUCUUAAGUUUAGAAUAAAUAAAUUGGAGGCUAAUUAGUUAGCUCGGUAGCAUGCUAUAUGCUAUGAGCGGGAGCCGUUUCUUAUGUCUCUGCAGUGAUCCAGGAGCGUGCGCAUUAGUGUUGCGCAAUAUGGAGUGUAAAGGUGACUAUAGGGAUGUUAUUCUAUAGUCUACAGGGCUCUAAUCACGGUAAAAAUAUAUUUAGAAAGUCAUAAACAGGUUUUCUAUGCGCUAACUACGAAAAUAUUCAGUUCAUUCAUAUUGUUUCCUAGAAAUUCACUUAACACGGUCGUGUCUGGAACCAAUUAACCGCGAUGAGAGGUGCAAGAGAUGACUGUAUUUCUAUCUCUUGAAGAAGUAGCCCUUAAUCAUGUACCUAAAUUUUCCAGAAAAGAAAUUGUAAUGCAAAAAUAACUAACAUAAACAAAUUGUUUAAACUCUGAACAGACUGGAAGAGGAACCUGAAGCUUCAAGCCAAACAUUAUACUCAAGGAUUCUUUAAAUAUUAGCAUGUCGAUCUAUGCAAAAAAUGAUGUAGUUCGAGUCAGUCGGCCAGCUAAAAACACUCGUACGGCAUCAAAGUUAAGAGCACGUAGACGUGUUAACUCGCUAACUUUUCCACUCUGGGGAACGUCACUGCAUUUACUCUCCACAAGUCUGUUUUGUAGCUUUGUGCAAUAGCCUAACAAGCUUUACUAUUUUUUUUUUUUACUGAUUUGCACCACCACAUUUUCCUGUUUACUUUCUAUUUCAAUCUUUAUGGCAGCCCGUUUAGGCGGCAAACUGGUCCGGCUUGAAUAGACUUCACUUCCUGCUGUUUCCAUCUCUUGAAGAAGUAGCCACUUGGGCAUUUGACAAAAUUUCCUUGAGGAUGUCGUCCCACACUGUGAAGAAACUAUAAAAAUGAUCUUAACCUAGAUGAUGUUAACCUAGAAACAUGAACUGUCUGGCUUAAAUGAAUGUGAACAGGAAGAGGCACCUGUGGCUCCGAGCUAACUCUUUUACUCCAGGGUUCUUGAAAUAUGAGCAUGUCAGUAUGUAAAAAUGGAAUUGUGACAGUCGGGCAGCUAAAAACACAGUAUCAACGUCCACACGUUAAUACGUGUGUAACAGCUUGGGUAACCUUACUCUAUUUGCUUUCCGCCAGUUUGUUGUAGCUAUAAAGAAUAUGUAACAAACAUUAUUUUUAGUUUAAAAUCCCCCAUCACCCACGUUUACGCUCUUCCUGUUUCCUUUCUAUUUCCAUCUUGAUGGCAGCUCUUUUAGGCAGCCUGAACAGAUUGCACUUUCCUCUUUUUCCGUCUCUUUCGACUAGGCAGUUGACGACUCAGUCAAACAAUUAAGUGUUUUUUUUGUUGUUGUUUUGUUAAAGACACAGUGGAACCUCGGUUAGAGUCUGCCCCGAUUUGCGUGUUUUUUGGUUUUGCUUCGGUUUGCGUGCAUUCUGCGCUUAGCAUACAAUAUGGAGCGUGAGUCCAUUUGUAUUCUUAACAUAGAUAUAUUUUUCUGCAGAAAACGGCCUUCCUUAAAAAAAUGGCAACCAGAACCGGAAGUUGCGUCGCCCGUCUGUCAUCAGUGAUUGCUUCUCAAAAAUGUUAACAGCUUUACAUGCAGAAAACAAUUCUAAAUGCAUAUAAAUUAGGAAGGAAAGGGAUAAAUGAACAUUUAAUUGUUUUCUGCAUGUCUAACUUUAAUUGGAAAACUAUAAACGUGUGUUUUGUGUUGACAUUUUUGGUUUUCUGGAACAGAUUCAUUGGAUUCAGAUGAUUUCUUAUGGGAAAAAAUUGAUUCGGUAAGGAUCCAUUUCGGUUAGUCAGACCAUAUUGCUAACCAAGGUUCCGUUGUAUCUAUUUUUAAUGGGAUGGGAGAAUCUCUCUGAAUGUUCUGGACCCCUGUUUCCAUGCCAUUGUUGAAUGACACAGGAAGGUGUUGUAGCUCCACAUCGCGUCGCUGUAGUCAUGUUGUUCUCAGUCAACAGCGCCAAGUAGCGCACUCCAUUGACAGAAUACACACCGUCGCCUCAAAUAAACAUUUCUGAACAAGCAAUUGUGAACUUUCAAAUGCAUAACUAACCUGCAGCGCUUGCUAUGCACACGGUGUCGUACCUCCGUUACACCUUUUCAGCACAGGGUAACAUGAUGACUACCCAAAGCUAACAUUCUCCCACCCAACCUCACUCUAAACAGCAACAGAUGCUUCACUUCCACUCAUCUUGAGGGUCAAUUGAUUGACUCGGCCACGGCUAUACCAUGUUCAUGGGUCUUAGGGCUAAAGGAGGGGGUCGUGUGGCCAAGGGGUGCUUGGUCCAAGCAGUGGAAGGUGCGGUUCUCCUGGUCAACCAAUAUUAAAUCGUCAGACCUCUUAGCACCGCUUCAGAAUUAUGCAUGUGUGGGUUUGGGGGGGGACUUACACAAACUGUUUACCAUCUCCUCCCAUCCCACGCCGUCCCUCCAUCUUUGCUGAAAGACACUCACGAAGGUCCGAGAGGGAAAUUGAAUUGUGCAUGUUUUAUUAUUUGAGCGCUGCAACGCUUUAGUCUGCCCCCCCACCACCCCAAUCCCCGUCCUCUGUAAUGGUGUAAUGUAUAUUUCAUUACGCCCUAAUGGGCUCCAUUAGCACAGUCUCCUCACAGACAUUCAAGACUUAUUGUUUUAUGGCAGACAAAAAACAAAAGGAAAGUAUGGAGGAGAAGCAAUGGGAGGCCAUAAUGCACAGUGGGAAGAGAGGGGAAGAUGUCGUGGGGGUCAGAUGGUACCGAGGACCAGAGAGCUAAAGGGGGGUGUCAUUGUGGGAUAGCGGAUGUCCUCCGGGAGUGAGCGCGAGUGAGCAUCCAUCAUUCCGGCAGCUUGCAGAUGCUCCAAAAGCCACAACAUCACUGUAGUACCCCCUCCAUCUCUAUCACCUGCAUGCAGCUCACAGCGACACUGUAGUGGCUCACACUGUAAAUACAACAUGCAUGACAGGAUUUUUAUUAUUUUACUCUUAAGGGCAAAAAAGUCAACCAUUUUAUGUGUCCAAAAUCUUCACUUAAUAAUAACAAUAAUGAUAAUAAUACUAUGAUGUGGAAUAUGAGGUUCAUUUAAUGACAACAGCACUUGAUGGUAUUGAUGUUUGUGACAUGUAUCCUUGGGGUGUUUUUUUUUGUAGUCGUUUUGAUUUAUAUAUCAAGACGCAUUUUGUACAUUACUUUCUACGGUUAAACUGAGGAAGACUGGUUUUUUAAUGUGUUUAAAAAGUGUUAAGAGGUAUUUUGAGCGUCCCUCUCUGUAGCUAGCAGCCCCUCUAACUUUGUUUACCUGCUGUGUGCACAUUUGUUUGUUAGCGGGCUUGAUUAUAUAAAAUCAGCACAAUCUAUUUUCGUGAAACUUUGCGUAGGGUUGAAGUACAAACCUGUCAUAUUGUGGUGCAAAUCUGGAGGAAUUUUUUUGACUGGCCAUUGAAAUCUUCCCCCCACUCCAGAAUGCAGAUGGGAGUCCUAUCAGUCCAUUCCAAACGUCUUCACCAUUAUUUAUACACCACGUAGUAGCCUGCUAACCAGCAAAAGGACAUGAUGGCAUUUUUUUUCUCAUUUGUUCAAAGACUUUACUUUUUUUGGAUGUAUUUCCAAUACAAUAGAUUUCCAACAACAGUGGUACGUUCCUGUCCUGAUAUGUCGUCUGUCAAAGGGUGUACAUAACAAAAAAGAUGGCUCUGUAUGUUUUUAUUUUCACAAUUGUUCAAAGAAUUUAAUUUUUCUGAUCUAUUCCCUCUACCCAAAAAUCAACAGUAGUACAUCCCUGUCCUGAUAUGUAAUCUUCUGUGAACCAGGAAGUAGCCUGCCACCUAACAAAAAGGACGUACAUAACAAAAAAAAAAAAAAAUUCACAUUUUUUUUCCACAUUGGUAAGAAUAAUUUUUUCUUUUUAUGGUCUGUUUUGACUGGUAGUGUACAUAAACAAAGACGACCCGUCACUAUUUUUUUUCACAUUGUUUUUUUUUUUUAAUCUGUUUCCCCCGCCCAAGAAUUAACCAUGGUACAGUUCUGUCCUUCCCCUUCAUUUUCCAUGAACCAGGAAGUAGGCUGCUAACUUUAAAAAAAAAAAAAAAAAAAAAAAAAAAAAAGGAUGGACAGACACGAAAACGGCAUUCGGAAUUUGUUUUCUGGUUCUUCCGUUUGAGUAACAGUGCAGCAUCCCGUGGCCCCAAAUGCAGUACAUUCCUAUUCCUAACAUCCUUAACCAUCCCUCAUGAACCAGGAUGUAACUUCUUUUUUUUUUCCCAAUUUUUGUUGUUUGAGUCAAAAUUGAACUGACCCUCCCCAAGCCCGAUAUUCAAAAAUGGUACAGUCCCGUACGUUGAUGUCAUGCUGCAUGAACCAGGAAGUGGCCGGCCGCGAUGCGGAUGGACAAGCGAACAGAAACGUGGCAAGCCUCACUUCAGUUAACAGCUCAACCUUGGCAGAGGUCUUUGCCCCACUCGGGAUCAAUCUAGUUUUCUGUUUUUAUUGAAUCAAGCGAGAUAGACGUCGUGUUUCCAACCUAUGGACAAAGGGGAGCUGGCGAUGAUGAUGAUUGGCCAGCACAAAUGUGGAGCUCUCUAUGGACCGACAUGUCCAACAGAACGAGUUAAAAGAGGACAAAAAACAACUGCUGUAUGAACAGAGGGACUGACAAUCACAGACUUUGAACUUUCUCUCUUAUUAUUCAAGUGACCUACUGUACCAUAGACUCUUUCCUCUUCUAUGCUGCCUAUACUGUACGUGGUAGUCUUCAACUUUGCUCUCUAGAAGUGCUUUUUUUUCUUCUUGUUUUUUAAUUGUAAAGGCAAACGUCUCGAGGAAUGAACAAAAAACACAAAACUUGUACAAAUGUGAAUAAGCUGCUGAAAGAAACAAGAGAGUUGCUCACUG